UAUAAUUACUGCUGUCAUCUGUCAAAUCGCUUAUGAUUUAUCUGAAGUCCGAACCGAAUUCCGAAAUUUACUGCUAAUUUUCUCAAUUCUUAAAGAAUUCAACAUUAUAUUGCACAAAUAAACUGUAAAUUUGUGUUUUAAACUUUGUGUUUAACCAUGACAGAACAGCAGAUGGAUUGCGCUCUAGAUUUGAUGAGGAGGCUGCCUCCUCAGCAGAUUGAGAAGAAUUUAACAGAUUUGAUUGACUUGGUGCCGAGUUUAUGCGAAGACUUGUUAUCAUCGGUUGACCAGCCAUUAAAAAUCGCUCAGGACCGAAGUAACGGGAAAGACUACUUGUUGUGUGACUACAAUCGGGAUGGAGACUCGUACCGGUCUCCAUGGUCAAACACUUAUGAUCCUCCGCUUGAAGAUGGGUCUAUGCCUUCAGAGAGAUUGAGAAAGUUAGAAAUCGAAGCUAACCAUGCUUUUGACCAGUACAGGGAAAUGUAUUUUGAGGGUGGUGUGAGCUCUGUUUACUUAUGGGACAUGGAUCAUGGUUUUGCAGGUGUGAUUCUGAUAAAGAAAGCUGGUGAUGGUUCUCAGAAAAUUAAAGGUUGCUGGGACUCCAUUCAUGUAGUGGAAGUGGUGGAGAAGAGCUCUGGAAGGAAUGCCCACUACAAGUUGACCUCUACUGCUAUGCUGUGGCUUCAAACCAACAAAGAAGGCAGUGGCACCAUGAAUCUUGGUGGCAGUUUGACUAGACAGGCAGAGCAAGAUUCAGCAGUGAGUGAUGUGACUCCUCACAUUGCUAACAUUGGUCGUAUGGUGGAAGACAUGGAGAAUAAGAUUAGGAACACCCUCAAUGAUAUUUAUUUUGGAAAAACAAAAGACAUAGUGAAUGGUCUGCGUUCGACUGUGCCAGCCAAUGUGGUGCGGCAGAAGGCAGCUCUGCAGCACGACUUGGCCGAGGCGCUGCUGCAACGCCGGCAGACCACGCGCGCGGACUGAGGGCAAGAGGACUUUGAGUCUGAUGAGUUGGAGAUUUUGGGUUAAAUAACAACGACAUCUACAGGUCAAAAGAAAAGAAAUUAUAAAAUUACGUAGGUAAAUAGGUAAAUCAGUCGAAAAAGCUUGUAAGUUCAAUGCAUCCCUUAGAGAUUAAGCUGUUUAUUUCCCAUACAAUAUUUCAUCAAUUUCAUAGUAUUAACUAACUUAGAGUGUCUUAAAAUAAGGAAAAUUCAAAUAAAAACUGUAUAAGUGCUAGUAAUGCACAAAGAAAACCAGGUUUUAAAGUUAGUAUGAGAUUUUAUAUGUCACCAACUUUGACAGUAUUCGAGGGUCGAAAUACAAUCACUUCAGAGUAAAAUGGACCUAAAGAAGCUUGAUUUAAAGUUGUGUAUUAAGUAUCACCGAUUUUUGUUUCGCAAGGUCCCGCUUGCACUUGCUGCAGAUGUAUGGAUGAACUUGCACUUUAAAACAAGUAAUUUGAGUUCGUUUUACUUUGACGUUAGUGUUUCGACGCUCGAUAUCUAUCAACGUAAGCGAAAUGCAAAAUCUCUUGCUAACCCUGCAGGUUCUACUGAAAAGAGCCAAAAAGAAACCACAGUCAUUCUGCAACAACCAAAGUUUUUUUUUUUGCGGAGAAACUAUACAUAGUGAAAAAAAAAUAGAGGCACAUAGCAUAUUAAAGUGCAAUCUACUUUUAAAUUGGUCAGAAAGGUAGCACUAAACUGGUCAGUAAAAUCAGUAAACGUCAGUUCUGGCAUUUUAUCUGCAUUUCGUAUUGGAUCGUUAAUUAUUUUAGCCCAAAAUAAUGUUAUGAUAUAAUAAUUAAGAUAAUUAUCUCU